GGCAAUUUCACAGAGGAGCUUUAGUCGUACUGUUCCCUUGACUUCUACGUUCGUUUUCGACUUUAGAAAACACUGGUUGACUUUAGAAAACACUGGUUGACUGUAGUCGUCCUGCACUGUUUAACAGUUCCUACUUUGUCCAGAAUACCAAGACGACCAUUCUCUCUAUCUGGUAAACCAUUCACAACCAGUUAGUACUUGAAGAUUGCUUUGGACCAUAACUUACUUGUGAGCAGACCAAGACCUGUGCCCUGCAAGGGUACCGUUUCCUCGUGUGCCAAAGGUUGGAGAGAGUUCUACUACCGUUCGUUUCGUAGCAGGAGUAAUGGCGACGAACGCUACUGCUGAUGCUGUGAUGCCGGAAGAGGCCGACGAUAGUCAAAAUCGGGAUCGCUUGGUACCCCAACCAGCUUCAACAAACCAGGUGUGCAAGUGGCGUGUGCCCAACGGUGCAGGUAGCGUUUGUGAUCAGCUCUACACAACUGGCCGGAAACUUCGAUUUCACAUUUGGAAUCAACAUCUGAAAGGAAGAUCAUACAAAAGCAGGAAGCAGGAAGACCCCGCUAAUUGCCGUUGCCUUUGGGAGGGAUGUGGCAAGACGUACAAGUGUAACAAAAACCUCAAUAUUCACUUGCGCCAGCACACAGGUGAACUCCCCUUUAUAUGCGAUCAUCAGGGCUGUGGUCAGGCCUUCGCUCGAACUUCACACUUGCGGUACCAUAAGUCAAAGAGAUGUCACCCAAGAGGCAAAUAUUUCAAGCCUCCAAAGCCUGGCUGUUCUCCUUCAUCGCAUGCUGAGAGUGUAUCAGACAUAGAACAGCCAUUACCAGGCGUGAGAGGUGCUUCUGAAGCAGAUGCUGCAUCUUUUGCUAACAUCAAAGAAUCAGCACAGCCAACACAACAGAAGCAGGACCCAGCACCGCCACCACCACGGGGUCGGCACCCAGCACCUCCACCACCACCGGAGUGGCAUCCAGCACCGCCACCACCACGGGAGUGGCAUCCAGCACCUCCACCACCACGGGGUUGGCACCCAGCACCUUCACCACCACCGGAGUGGCAUCCAGCACCGCCACCACCACGGGAGUGGCAUCCAGCACCUCCACCACCACGGGGUUGGCACCCAGCACCUUCACCACAACAGGAGUGGCACCCAGCACCUACACCACCAUGGGAGUGGCACACAGCACCUUCACCACAGCAGCACCAGCACAACCCAGGAUCGCCAUCACAUCAGCAGUAUCGCCAAGCACCACCAAUACCCCAGCAGCAGCGGCCAGAACCGGCACCACUACGGGAGUGGCACCCAGCACCUUCACCACAGCAGCACCAGCAGAACCGUGGAUCGCCACUACCCCAGCAGCAGCGCCCAGCACCGCCACCACAACGGGAGUGGCACGCAGCACCUUCACCACAGCAGCACCAGCAGAACCCAGGAUCGCCACUACCGGGCAGCAGCGGCCAGCACCGCCACUACCCCAGCAGCAGCGGCCAGCACCGCCACUACCCCAGCAGCAGCGGCCACACCGCCGCUACCCCAGCAGCAGCGGCCAGCACCGCCACUACCCCAGCAGCAGCGGCCAGCACCGCCACUACCCCAGCAGCAGCGGCCAGCACCGCCACCACUACGGGAGUGGCACACAGCACCUCCACCACAGCAGCACCAGCAGAACCCAGGAUCGCCAUCACAUCAGCAGUAUCGCCCAGCACCGCCACUACCCCAGCAGCAGCGGCCAGCACCGCAACUACCCCAGCAGAAGCAGCAGCCAGAACCGGCACCACCACUACGGGAGUGGCACCCAGCACCUCCACCACAGCAGCACCAGUAGAACCCAGGAUCGCCAUCACAUCAGCAGUAUCGCCCAGCACCGCCACUACCCCAGCAGUAUCGCCCAGCACCACCACCACUACGGAAUCAGCAGUUCCCCGUCCUUGCACCACAGUAGCAGCCGAUUUCACUGCCACUGACACCAAAAUGGCAGCAUCCCACGCCUGA